UAAGGUCGUCGGCCGAUGCAAUAUGACAUGUGUACUUGUAAAUGUUAAUUGUACAUGUAAUGUGUGAUGUAGUUAAUAAAUGGAAUGUUAUAUCGCGAGUAAGUAAGUAAUGUACUGAUCCAGGUUACAACAAAUUGGCGACGAGUCGGAUAAUUUUCUUUCAAAGAAAAAGUGCGGGUGAAGGUGCAACGUGCAAGUCAAAGGUCGUGUUCGUGUUAGAUUAGAAUUAGAAGGAACGUUAUAAAAUGGCGAAUUUGGUGGGCUCAAUUGAACAGUUCGACGAGAAGAAUAAGGGCGAUUUUGUGUCGUAUAUGGAAAGGAUGGAACAAUUCUUCUUAAUAAAUGACUCAUUAUCAACAAAGCAAUCCGCGUUAUUUAUCACCUUAGCUGGCCCCCAGGUGUACAGCACAUUGAAAAAUUUAAUUGCGCCAGAAGACCCCACAAAAAAGUCGUUUAAAGAAAUUAAAGAAGCGUUACUUAAGCAUUACGCACCCACGAAGUCUGAAACGGCAGAAAGGUUUGAAUUUUAUAAAGCUACCCAAAAUCCAGAACAGUCAGUGUCGCAGUUCAUUAUGCACAUAAGGAAACUAGCAAAUAGUUGUAAUUUUGGGUCGUUCUUGGAUCAGGCAUUACGAGAUAAAUUGGUCUGUGGGAUAAGCAGUGAACAAACGCAGCGGCGGUUGUUAUGUGAAAAGGAUCUUACGUUUUCAAAGGCGUGUCAGAUGGCGAUUGCAAUAGAGUCGGCAGAGAACCAGGCAAAAGCGCUAAAAGGUGGUUUGGUAGAGAAAGUUACGGAUCAUGUGUCGGAGUCCAGUCGUAGAAGUGUGUCAAGUCAGUGGCGUCCCAAAGGUCGUGGUCAGCCCAGUAUGUCAAGCACAAGUCAGCCCCGGCAGUCCGGUCGAGGGAAGUGUCGUCAUUGUGGAAGGUUCCAUGAUGAAUCCAGAUGUCGUGCGAGGGAUUGGAAAUGUUUCACAUGCAAUAGGCAAGGUCAUACGUCAGUCGUCUGUUGGAAAAAAAAUGGUGUCAAGUGCGUCAACGAAGAGGAGCAAGAGACGUCUACAGAAGAAGAUGAAAUAAAUAAGAUAAGUACACUUGUAUGCAAUAAUGUAAAGUCAGUCAACAGUUCUGCGUUGUUAAAAGAAAUGUUAGUUAAUGAUAAGCCAGUAUUAAUGGAAGUUGAUACCGGAGCGUCAGUUACAGUCAUGUCAAGUGAAAAAUUUAAUAAACUUUUCCCUUUGUUAACUUUAGCUGAGCAUAAGGCGAAGCUUAGGGGUGUAUCAGGACAAGAAUUGAAUGUAUUAGGUCAAGUAAUUGUGGAUGUAAAAUUAAGCAGUCAAGAUAAAAAUGUAUUUAGAUUACCGUUAAUCAUCAUUGAUAAUGAAUGUAGGUAUACACUGUUAGGAAGAUCCUGGUUGGAUAUUUUGUAUCCUGAUUGGAAAAAUUGUAUUGCUAAUAUUAACCCUAAUGUGUCAGAAUUGUAUGUCGAGAGAUUUAAGAAAGAUUUUAAUACUGUGUUUGAUGUUGACAGGUUAUCCUUCAUAAAGGAUGUACGAGUAAAGCUAGUGCUAAAGGAGAACGCAGUUCCCAUUUUCCAUGCCCCUUACCGAAUUCCCUACUCAAUUAAGGAAGCUGUGGAGAUGGAAUUGAAGGAGAUGUUGGAAUCUGGAGUUUUGGAGAAAACCAAGUAUUCUGAAUGGGCGAGUCCAAUUGUGGUAGUCCCGAGGAAAUCGAGUAAGAAAAUAAGAAUUUGUGUCGACUUUAAAGUAACCUUAAAUCCUAAUUUAAAAACGGAGCAUUAUCCUUUACCAUUAUGUGAGGAUAUUUUUAAUACAGUAUCCAAAGGCAAAUACUUUACUACAUUAGAUUUGUCGAAUGCAUACCUGCAGCUGCAAGUCAGUCCGGAAAGUAGAGAAUUGCUUACUAUAAAUACCCAUUUGGGUUUAUUUCGAUUUACCAGAUUACCGUUUGGAAUUACGUCUGCACCAGCUAUUUUUCAGUCAGUAAUGGACAAUAUUUUAAAAGAUAUUCCAUCAUGCGCGUGCUACAUUGAUGAUAUCAUCAUAUCGGGUCAAACAAUUGAUGAAUGCAGGGACAAUGUCAGGAAAGUACUUGAAAAAUUGCAGUUACAUAAUGUCAAGGUUAAUUUGAGUAAAUGUCACUUCUUUCAAGAAAGCAUUGAGUGUCUUGGUCAUGUAAUCGAUGGAAACGGUAUACGUCCGAUGAAGGCAAAAAUUGAUGAAAUUUGUUCGAAAAAACCACCUACGGAUUUAACUCAACUGAGAUCAUUUCUGGGAUUACUCAAUUAUUAUAAUAAAUUUUUACCUAUGGCCUCAAGCGAACUAAAAUUAUUGUAUGACUUAGAAAGGAAAAAUAUUCCCUUUGUUUGGACUAACGAACACCAACGAGUGUUUGAAAAAUGUAAAAAUAUGAUUGUAAAUAGUAACUUUUUAGUGCAUUAUGAUGUCAAGAAACCCAUAGUAAUUGCAGUGGAUGCUUCACAGUAUGGAGUAGGAGCUGUAAUGUCUCACCUAAGUGAUGGCGUCGAGCAUCCAAUAAUGUUUGCAUCUAGUACCUUAAGUAAUAGAGAGAAAAAUUAUGCACAAAUCCAAAAAGAAGCCUUGGCGAUAAUGUUUGCUGUUAGGAAAUUCCAUAAGUAUAUUUAUGGACGGAAAUUCACGCUAAUUACCGAUCACCUACCACUAAGAACAAUAUUAAAUGUCAAGACGGGUAUUCCAACGUUGGCCACGUCAAGAUUACAAAGAUGGGCGUUAGAAUUAUCCGCAUAUGACUACGAAAUCAAAUACAAAAAAGGUAAUGAGAAUGCAAAUGCUGAUUUCUUUAGUAGAUUACCUUCGGAAAGCAUUUUAAAUGAGGAUGUGCUAUCAUUCUCAGAAUUUAACGAGAUACCAUUAUCAGUUACUGAUGUUAGCAUGUCUACAAAGAAGGAUAAGGUAAUAGCUCGUGUUUUAGAAUAUACCAAAAAAGGAUGGCCAGAUAAAUUACCAGAUUUAGGAUUGAAGGAUUAUUUUUCAAAACGUCAUGAGUUAAAUAUUGAAAAUGAAUGUUUAUUAUGGGGAAAUCGUCUUGUUAUUCCAUUUGAUCUUCGAGAAAAGGUGUUGGAAAUACUUCAUAGCCAACAUAUAGGAAUUGCAAGGAUGAAAAUGCUUGCAAGAAGCGAAGUAUGGUGGCCUAGUAUGGACCUACAUAUUGAAGAACAUGUUAAACGAUGCGAAAUGUGUCAACUACAUCAAAACAAACCCAUUGAUGUACCGUACACACCGUGGUCGAAAACAUCUAAAUCCUGGAAGAGAUUACACAUUGACUUCUUACAAUUUAAGCAAUAUCAUUUCUUAAUUGUUGUGGAUAGUCAUAGUAAAUGGUUAGACAUCUAUUUAAUGAAACAUGGAACGGAUUCUUCAAAAACGAUUGAAAAAUUGCGUCAAAGUUUUUUGCAUUUUGGAAUUCCAGAAGAGAUUGUUUCAGAUAAUGGUCCUCCAUUUUCAGGAGAAGAAUACAAGAAAUUUUGUUCAUCCAAUGGAAUAAACUGUUUGCUAACUCCACCACUACAUGCGUGUUCGAAUGGUUUAGCUGAAAAAAAUGUGCAAACAGUCAAACAAGCGUUACGAAAGUCCUUAUUAAACCCGAACAACAGUACGAAAUCAAUUCAAUUAAUUUUGGACAAUUUCAUAUUUAAGCAUAGGAAUACACCAUCAGUAUCAACCGGAAUUAGCCCAGCAUCCAUUAUGUUAAAGCAACAGCCGAGAACAAAAUUGACAAUGUUAAAAACAAAAUUAUCAAGUACACUGAAAGAGAGGGAAGAGAAAGUAAAGAUUUAUGAAGAUAGGAGAAGAACUAAGUUGCGAGAAUUUGUUGAAAAUGAAAAAGUGUUAGCCUAUAUUAUUCAAGGGAGGAAGCCUGUGUGGAUGGAAGGAGUAGUUAUGCAGCGAGUCAGUGCAGUUACAUAUCUAAUUAAAUUAAACGGGAAUAUAAGACUAAUGCACGCUGAUCAUUUGAAGAAAUCGUACAUAUCAGAAAACAUUACGUUGCCUUAUGAAGACUUACCAGACAUCCUAAUACCUACCGCACAAGAGAAGCCAUCAGAACCAUUGAUCGCACAACCAUCUACGUCUGUACCUAAACCCACUGUACAACCUUCGCUACCCUUAUCACAUCCUGUCCCACUGCGUAGAUCAGCUCGAGAAAUAAAAGCUCCCUCAAAGUUAAAUUUGUAAUGUAGAUGUUUUGUCUUAUUUUUAGAAGGGAGAAAUGCUGUAUAGUAGCGACACCCGGCAACGCCGCAAAGGGAGUGACAACCUCGACAGACGGAAUGUAAGGUCGUCGGCCGAUGCAAUAUGACAUGUGUACUUGUAAAUGUUAAUUGUACAUGUAAUGUGUGAUGUAGUUAAUAAAUGGAAUGUUAUAUCGCGA